AUGAAGGCAUUGAAAGCAGGCGGUGCCGAAGCCUUUGUCUGUGCAUCAAACCCGCUCAGUACCCAAGACGAUGUCGCUGCAUCUCUCGUUGUUGACGAGGAGAUCGGCGUUUUUGCCAUCAACGGCGAAGAUACAGAAACCUAUUACAAACACAUUGAUGCUACGCUUGAUUUACAACCCACCAUUACCAUGGAUGACGGUGCUGAUCUCGUUUCAAGACUCCAUUCUGAGGAGACUAACCCCGCUUUGGUUGAGCAAGUUGUCGCAGGAACGGAAGAGACAACAACCGGUGUUAUCCGACUCAAGAGCAUGGCGGCUGAAGCUUUGGAAGCGGUGAUGGACGGGUUCCGGGUGAUGCCGAUGCAGAAAGCCGUUCAGGAAGCGGGACUCGUUGUGACACUCACAGGCGAUAUUCAUGUCUUACGUAAGGAACAUUUUGAAGCGAUGAAGGAUGGAGCGAUUAUUGCGAAUUCCGGUCACUUCAACGUCGAAAUUGAUAUUCCCGCGCUCGAAAAGUUGAGCGUUGAUAAGCGGAGCGCGCGCCCUUAUGUAGACGCAUAUACACUUGAAGAUGGUAAGAAACUCUACCUUAUUGGUGAAGGUAGGUUGGUGAAUCUCGCUGCUGCUGAGGGGCAUCCCGCGAGUGUCAUGGACAUGAGUUUUGCCAACCAGGCACUGUCGCUUGAAUACAUUGCUAAAAAUCGUGAUCAGCUUGAGAAUCGCGUGUACGAUGUUCCUGAAUCUAUUGACGAUGCCAUUGCACUGUUGAAGCUGCAAGCAUUCGGUAUUGAAAUUGACACACUCACGGCGGAGCAGGAGAAAAUAUCUCAACUCAUGGGAAAUGGGAACUUAGCAUCAUUUCUUGGCACUGUUUCAUAUACUGCAGUACAU